GGAACGAAUCGAAGGCGGAGUUGCGCUCGCCGUCGCUUCCUCGCUUUCUCCCACGCUCUCGGCCUCCUCGCACGGGAUAAUGCCGAGGGCGAACAACUGAGAAAUCAGGAUAGGAGAAGGAAAUUUGUCGCAUUCUGUCUCUGGAGAUAGCAAGGUUUUUCCCCUUUUUAGUUCUUUUCUCUGUUGGAGUCGUCCUCGGAUUAGGGUUUAGUUGAGGAUCGACGAGGAUGGAGGCGGCCGGUGAGGAGGAGCAAGACGGCCUUUCGGUUCACUCGCCCGGCCAGGCGCCGCCCUCCUCCGCCUCUUCGUUGCCCAAGGAGCAAUCGCAGGUUGAGUUGGAACUGAGGGUGUUGGAAGCAUUGGAAAUCUAUCCUCCAUGGAGACUGCAGGGCAUCCAUCGUCACUUUGUUCUUUAUGGACUGAUGGAAUAUCUAAGGAGAAGCUUUGACAGACACUUUUCAGCAGAGGAGGUCUUGCAGUUGCUGGAUCGCUUCUAUAAUCUAGAAUUGCUGAAACCAGACGAUGAGGAGGCAGAGAUUUUUAGAGAAGACGAUUUUUCCUUGCCACAGAGCUUUUUCAUCAAGGAUGAGCAGUAACUCGCACCAUUUAUAGAUGUGUUAUUCUUCUGAACUGUUAUUGCCAUUAGCAUUUUGUUUAUAUCACAGGAAAGAUACACCACUAUGUUUAAUAACCAACUCGUUGCCAGAUUCAUUCUCCCUUAUCCUUUUUCAGCAAGAGCAGAAUGCUUUUGGAAUUUUGCAGGAAAUCAAUAACUAUUUUGACUUAGUGCGAAAAGUUAAACUUUAUGUUCUGAGAAAUCUUGCGAGAAUGAAGUUUCUCACUUUGAAUGUCACUGAAUGCCAGUCAGAUUAAAUACUGUUGUAUGUAUAUGGUUUCUGUAGCUGUUGAACUGUAACCAUACUUAAUAAUUCCAUGUUCUAAAGCAAAAAGAGGUGAAGCACAGAUGACCUCGAUCCUAAUCUAUGUUGUUAAAUCUCAUUGAUUAAAUUUAAAAUUUGUGUUUGGGCUGGACUUCUGUCAUCAACUGUAUUUUGCCUGUCAUUACCUUUCAAAUUAUCCAGGGUUCAUUGGAAAAUAUAACUGGGUUAGCUGCUGUAUAUGUUGACCUAGCAAAGACCACAAUGGAUGCAGGAUGAACUCUCCUUUCCCUGAUAGAGUGAAAAAUAGACCUGACAGGAUUGUUCCAACAACAAGAAGCAGGAGUGAAGGGAAGGCUUCCAGGAGGAGGGUGGAUUCAUCUGAGUAAACUGUACUACCGUUGGGCCAAUUCCACACGCUUCCCUUCAAGCCAGAUGGCGACGGCACUCGUUUUUGUUUGAACGGUUCCUUGGAAAUAUAGUAUAAUUAAUCUCUGAGUCCGUCAGAUUGUAGUCUCACCAAUAUAUUGUCCUCCUCCUCUCCUGUGGUGCCCGUGGACUCCAUGCAGAGUCUACGCCUCAUGUAAGGCUUCAACAAUCAUGCACUUGUUCCGCAUUCGUAUCUUGAUAUUGAUAUUGGAGUUCUACUA